AUGGCUCCUCCAACCAAACCACAAAUCCUUUCUCAGAAUGCCUUCAGCACGAUCGAUAUCAACAAUCUUGUGUUUCGACGAGCAGACAACGAUGACAGAUCUCCGAUCUCGUGUACUCUGGAGCGGAUGUCAAUCCCUCUCGACUUCGUGGGCAUCUGCCCUGAUCCAAAGAUCUCGCAAAUGCAUCCCCGCCGGCCCCAGAGCGCGUAUCAGACGAACACCCAGCGUCCACCAUCUCAGCUCCCACCUUCAGGCCAUUCCAGAUUAUCUUUCACACUAGGGAAGGUACUCGGGGCAGGUAACUCCGGAGUAAUACACGAAGUCCUGGAUCCCGUCGUGGAAGCUUCCGAGGAGGAUUCCCCGCAAGCGGUAGGACAUCUUCCUCCCUUAGUCGCUAAGAUUGGCUGGUCGCAUCGUUGUUAUUCGAUCGUACGCGAGGGUUGGUUCUAUGAGGAGAUGGAGUGUUUGCAAGGGGUAGCUAUUCCUAGGUGCUAUGGUUGCUUCGAGUUGAAGCUUCAGAAGGCCCUCCAUAUUGGUCCAUGGGAAGACUCUGGCGAUGAAAUAUUCGACUCACUCGACUUUAUACCCGAGCACGAACACUAUUCUCUGUCGGAAAUGAACACCGUUGGCAUCGCACCUCAUCCUCUUUCCUUAGAGCUCAUUCAUACUCCUCAUGAUCGAGUAUACAUUCUGCUUUUGGAACGCAUGGGUGACGAACUGUCCCCCGGCGUCAACCACCCUGAAUCUGUUCGGCUCGACAUCAAGAGCGUAUACGAGGAUAUCGCUCACGUUGGUGUGAGCCUUGCGCUGGACAUCCGCUCGUGUAAUAUCCUCGCAGCUCCUGCGAGCAACCCAAAUAUUCCUGGUCCAGUGUCGCCGUUCACUCAACGUAGCCAUGCAUGGCGGAUCGUCAAUUUCGACCUCGCACUCAAAACGCCCUAUACGCCGCGCACAAUAUUCAGCGAUGCUAGGACGUGGAUUGAUAAUAUGUUUUACGGCCUUCGCCUCCUUCCUCGCCCUCGGAUUAGGCGUCCUACGCCUUCAACUCGUUGA